AUGAAAUCAUCAAACAUCUUUAAAUCCACCGUUGUGUUUGCAAGUUUAUUGAUAAACUUGAGUUCAGCACAAAGCGGUGGUCUGUUCGGAAUGGGAAUUAACAUAAGCCAAAAUUGUCAAAAAACCGUUGAAUCAUUUAUCGGCGACAAAGAGCUAUCCGCAUGUUUUCCUUUCCUUACAUUUGCAUCAUCAUACAUAUUCCCUGGUGGAAAAAAUUCAACAGAAGAUCCAUACGUAUCACAAGUCAACAGCCUUUGUUCACUGCCAAAAUGUAACGCGAAAAUUAUAAACGACACACUGACAAAAUUCAACACCGGAUGUGCUGGUGACCUUGCAAGUAAAAAUACGAUCGCGAGUGCUGUACAAGGAUUCAUUUCGGUUUAUUCGCCAUAUCGUGAUGCAUUAUGUUUAAAAAAUUCGACCGGUGACGGUUUCUGUGUGAUUGAAACUAAGAACGCGAUUUUAAACUACACAAAAACAGCAAAUUCAACAAAUUCAACAAAUUAUCGGAAUGUGUCAGAUGUUCUAAACAAUAUCCCCAGUGAAACGCUGUGCACAAAUUGUAAUAAGGGUCUUUUGACAAUACUCUUAGGUUUCGAGAAAAAUUAUACGGAUUUAUUGAAAAAUCCAUUGUUCUCGUCGUUUAGUAAUCAAGAACCUGCUGUCAAAGAUGCUUUGGCCAAUAAAUGUGGCGAGUCAUUUUUAGAUGGAUCAACAUCAAAGUUGAAUGUUACUUCUGAUGGUAACAUAUCAGUACCUUCGAAUUUGGCUUCUAAUUCAACUGCAAAUAGUGCUGCUGCUGCUCCUUUUGGUGGCGUAAGAAGUAGUUAUUUGGUUGGAAUUGUUUCAUUAAUCAUUUCAUUUUCCUUGUUCUAA